AUGGAGAUUUAUAACGAAAAGAUUAGGUACAGAAAGAACUGCUCAAAACUUUGUUAAGUGAAGACUUUAGGGAUCUUCUGAAUACUAAUAACACUAAUUUAACGAUUCGACAAACUGAGGAAGGCAAAAGUUCGAUUCCUGGCUUGGAAGAAGUGACAGUGACUUCUACACAAGAAGUCUACGAUGUUCUGGCCAAGGGGAGGAAGAAUAAGGUGAUUUUUUGGGAAUUAGAUAAAGUUUUAGUUAAGAAACGAGCUUGUAUUUGAAAUUUCGUGUAAUUUGGAAAGGUAUUUUUAAAAUCGAAUUUUAAUUUUCUGCUCAAUAAACUAUGAAUUCUCAAACUUUCUAUGGGUUUGCUGAUUUUUCAAAUUGAAUUUCUUCAUGAUAGGGUUUUGGAUGAAACUCAAGAACUUUUUUGUUCAAGUUCAUGGAAAAUUGUCUCGUAAGUUUUUAAAUAAUGUAAAUUGUAACAUAGCGGCCUUUGUUAGGAGAAAUCAAGUUUAGCCGCUUUAGUUUUUCAUUUCAGAUGUUCUCUACCCUUUAUCUUUCAAGGGAGGUCAUUUUUUUGUUGCGUGUGAAAACUGCUUGAAAGUUAGCCAUUAUACUCAUUGGCGUACUAGGAAAAGAUCUGAAAUGUUUUAACCUGAUCAACUUCCUAUAUUUUCGAGUAAGGACACCUCUGAGUCAAAAAACCCAAAAAAUAGGCUUCUUGGGCCUUUGAGCUCUUAUUUCUUGAAAACUAAGAAGUUGUGUAGGUUGAGACUCUCAGGAUUUUUUCUGGUUAAUCGAUAAGAGUUCUGGCCAAUUUUUGAAAAAUUCCCAAUCUCAAAAUGAAAUGAACUACCUUGUGAUUAAAUUUAAAAUUUUCCAGAUUUUUAAUCAGUUUUUUUCUCAGGCCGUCGCUGCCACAGAGGCGAAUAUCGAGUCUAGCCGAUCCCAUGUUAUUGUUCGCGUAGUUGUUAGUGCAACGAACAGGAUAACUGGCAACUCAACUGUUGGGAGGCUGAAUCUGGUCGAUUUGGCCGGUUCGGAAAGGGUUUCCCAAACCAACGCCACUGGCCAGCUGCUGAAGGAGGCCCAGGCCAUCAAUAAGUAUGUAUUUUUACUCCUUUUUUCAGAAAGGUUAGAGACUUUUUGGGUUAUGGGGAGAGUCACUUAUUUAAAAUUCGUUAAUUUUUCGGCAUAAUUUGCAAUCUUGGAAGCUUCCUAACUGGAAAAAAAACGUUUCUUAGUUAAGAAUUGCUAGUAUAUAGUUGACAAGAACGCAAUAAAGACAAAAAGGAGCGGUCGAGUUAGUUCUGUUCGUAGUGAACAGAUCCGGACCGCUCCUACAACGAUCUUAUUGUUGUGGUCUUUCAGUCGAAGUGGAAUUUUUUUUGCCCGGUAUUUUUCGCCGCCUUUUAGAUGGAACGGGGACGGCGUCCCGUGAGAGUAGCCUUGCGACUACUCCUGCUGACCAACCGAUGACCCUUCGCUUAUAUACCCCUCUAUCCUGGUGCAUCCGACCCUACACGGCUUUGCCAUCUGCUCCGUUUCUUGUGCUCCAUGGAGACAGGUGGUCUUGGCGUCUCACAGGAGAGGUCAUCUAGGCGUCGGUGUGGAGAAUUUAUUGGAACUCGAGUUUAUCGUCAGUCUUCUCGCUUCGAAUGAAAUUUCGAGUUUCUAAAUAAGUUUUUAAAAAAGCUGAGACGUAUAAUCAGGGCAGAAGUAAGUUUGUAGCAUGUUCAAAAUGUCUUAUCACCUAUUUUUUUUUGCAGUUUUGAUGUUUCCCGUGUGUUUUACAACUUACGAACGAUAUUUGAAAAUUUCCCAUCAAUUCGAGGCUGUACUGAGCUUCUCGAAUCAUUGUAUGUUUAAUUUUUCAAGUUUUCUGAAGCCGUAGAAAGUUAAAAUUACCGUCAGUUCGGUAAAGAUUUCAGCGGGACUUAAUUCUUUACGAUGUUUUUGAAGUCAGCGGCUCUUUUAGAUUUUCAAAUAUCUAAAAAUAUUCUCAUAAUGAUUUCUCUUCAAUUUUUAAUACUUCUUAUUUGAAAAAAAGUCUUUUCAUUUGGCUUUGCUUGAUUUUUGAACUUCAACAAGAAACUGAAAAAUUUGGAGCGGUCGAAGUUGACAAGGCUCCCAGUACUACCUGGGAACCAAGUCCGGACCGAUCUCCUCCUUUUUUCUUCUUCUCGAUCUUUUCCUUUUUUCUUCUCGAUCUUCUUUUCUUCUUCUCGUCAAUCCUCGUAUGCGUAGCGAUUUGUUCGAGUGAUUUGAUGUGAUCGCGGGUGUCACCGUAGGGCUCCUCAUGAUCCAGGUGGUCUUCAAGAAGCGUCGGAACAGAUCGUCCUCGUCAGGAAAUGCUUCUGUCGCGCGAUUUGUAGAUCAUCUCGCUCAGGAUGGCCGUCCGGCUUCGUGGUGCUCAGGAGAUUUGCGAGUUUUUUCUGGCGUUGGUGUUCUGGAUAGGCUAUCGAGCCUCGUGGUGCAGGUCAUCGUUCUGGAGAUGUGUCUUCUGCGGAUUUUGCGGGAUAAUUGCGAUAAACGGGAUACUUCAAUGUAUUCAACGUGAUUCAGGGGUUGCGACUCUCUUGUCGGGCGGAGCGCCUGCCCGGUCGUCUGCCUCCGUCGUUCUGCUUUUUAUACCCCCUCGAGCGGCUGUGUCCGACUCGCAGCGACUUUCGCCCUCGUAUUCGUUUCUCGUUGUCUCUAUGUCUCGGCACGCGGCUGGAGGGCGAUUUUCUCCACUCUAUGUGUUAAUAGUGGUCGCCUUUCGUCGACUUUUGGAGGUUUUCAACCUUUUUCCGUUUGAGUUGGCGAGUGGGAAAGAGAUGUUCAAUGAAUUUGUUUGAAGUUCAAAUGAGGCCUAACAGGUUUAACAUCUAAAGCGCUUUUUAAAGGUCUCAAGCGAAUCGUUAAUUACAUGGAACUAUAAUAUAUUAGAUAUAAGGCUCUAAAAGUCCCAAGUAGAGAACCAGGCCUGCAGCCUAUAAUUUGCAACUUUGGGUUUUUUCAUCUUCGGAACUGGAAUUUCGAGCAAUUAGUACCUUUGAAAAGGUGAAAAAAAAUCACAGAACAUAAAAAUGUGAUCAUCAUAAUCAUUUAUUCAAUACGAAUAAUAAUACAGUUCAAGGGCCGAAGAGACCUCUAACAGAACCAAUUUCCAAAAAGGGAAAUUUAAACAUUGAAAACAGCAACAAACCGUUUAAAAGUUAGAAGAUAUUUUAAGAAAGUCAGCGAGAAGAUGGGGGCUGUUUUCUAAAUAGAUUUUGAAUCGCAUAGAAUCAUUACAUAGAUCAAAUACAACAUCGGGAAGGGAGUUCUAAACAUUAAUUAUUCUGAUACUAAAAAACGAGGCAACGAUGUUACUAUUAUGUCUUAUAUUUGAACGUAAAUAAUAGCGAUGGCGACGCAGCGCACGGACACGGGGGAAAAAGAAGAGACUAUCGAAAUCAAUGGGGACUUCUCUAAGUACAAUUUUAUAAACAAGAGACAUGUCAAAGAUGAGGCGUCUUGUCUCAAGAGUUUUGAGACUAUUUUUUCAGAUAAACAAGUGAAAUAAGAGUGGUAGGGCAAGCCACAACGAUGGUAAGCUCGGAAAAAGAAACUUUUUCUGAACACCUUCAAUCAAACAAAUAUUGUGAGAGUCAAUUGGAGCAUAGACUACAGAACAAUAAUCAAUAAUAGGACGAAUAUACACUUCAAAGCAUUUUUAAAUACAAUGAAAGCUCAGUGGAUCGAAACACGUUAAACAUAACAUUUAUGCGACAUUUACACCGUCUGCAGAUUUCAGAUAUAUGAUCAUUGAACUUAAGGUUAUUUGAGAAAACUACACCAAGAUCUCGAACUGAAAGUUUAGGCUGUAAAGCCAUGUUUGAAAUUUUAUAAGAAAUAUUUGGGUUACGUUUUUCCGAAAUGAAUAGAAUAGCAUUUAGUUGGAGCUAUAGCCAUUUGCCAUGUUGAACACCAGUUUUCAAGUAAUUUGAGGUCUUCUUCGAUGACAGUAGAACUAGAGGUUUUUGUGAGCGAAGAAAAAAUUUUUAAAUCGUCAGCAUAGAGAAGGGGCGCAGAGCGAAAGUUAUCCGUAAUGUCGUUAAUAAAAAGUAGAAACAGAAGGGGUCCGAUGACCGACCCCUGGGGUACGCCGGAGAGUACAGGAGCGGGGUCGGAAAGUACUCCAGAAAGAGAAACACACUGCACACGAUUAGUCAAGUAGGAUUCGAUCCAGCCAAGAAGAGGACCACAAAUGCCGUAAAAUUGAAGCUUGUAAACAAGUUUAGCAUGAGAGACAGUAUCAAAAGCCUUGCAAAAGUCAAUAUAGAUAGCGUCCGUGCAAAGGUUACUGAGACGUGUCCAAAUUGGUUAGAGUUUAGAAAAAAAAAAAGAUGGAAAAAAAAAUUUGGAGCGGUCGAAGUUGACAAGGCUCCCAGUACUACCUGGGAACCAAGUCCGGACCGAUCUCCUCCUUUUUUCUUCUUUUCUUCCUCCUCUCUCUUCGGCGCAGAUCUUCCUCGUCAGGAAAUGCUUCUGGCCCUCUCGAUUUCUGAGUUGGUCGUCGUGCUUGAGAGCUGUCGACGAGAUCAUGAUGCUUCCAAGCCUCGCGCUGCAGGUCAUCGAUUUGAACAUCUGCGACUGGGAUAGACAUCGAGUUUCGCGGUUGCAGGACGUCGUCUGCUAUCAGGAAGCUCAUCUGAGUUGUUCCGCGGUGCAGAUCAUCAUUGGCGAUGUUCAAUCUGCCUUCACUGUGUACAGCAGUUUUUCAACUCCCGAUUGGAGUGAUCGUCGUCAGGAUCGUCUGACGAAAUACGCUUCAAGCGUUUACGGCGUCGGGCUCCGAACGAGCUCAGUAGACGGCGUCAGGAUGCUUCCAAGCCUCGCGCUGCAGGUCAUCGAUUUGAACAUCUGCGACUGGGAUAGACAUCGAAAAUUCGCGGUUGCAGUACCUCUGCUAUCAGUUCAUCUGAUUUUUUCCGCGGUGCAGAUCAUCAUUGGCAAUGUUCAAUCUGCCUUCACUGUGUACAGCAGUGAGUGGGACUCCGGUUGGAGUUUGGUGACUCUCUUUUUGGGCCCAGUCGUCUGCCUCCGUCGCUCUGCUUUUUAUACCCCCUUAGGCUAUUGUGUCCGACUCUUGCCGACUUUCGCCUUGACGGUACUUGUACCCUUGUCUUUGAAUUUCUUUAUCAGUUCCUCUGUGUCUCUACACGCGGCCGGAUUGCUUUUUCCUCAAUGUGGCAGCCUUUUGAGUUGUUAUUGAACGAAUUUCAUUGAUUUUUGAACGCUUCAAACAUUUUUCGAAAUUUUAAAUCGCAAAAAAUAAUCUCUUGGGUGUCUGGUAAGACAGGAUUUUUUGGAGCUUUGAUUUGUGAUUUCUUUUUUUCUCAGUUUUGGAAAUUUAUUUAUAAGAGUACCGAAAAGCUCCCUUUUUGACUUUCUUGAAACCUACCUUGAUAGUCCUGCUUUUUGGGCAUAUCGUCUCUGAAUCGAAAUAUUUCCACAAAAAGUUUGUUCAGUUGAAACUUUUGUUUGAAUUUUUUUGUUUAAUUUUUCUUCUUCCUGGGAAUUUUUAGGGUAGCUCUGCUUGUUCUUUUUUUGUUGAUUCAAUGGUUAAUUUUUUCAAGCCGAUUUUAAUAUAGAUGAUAAUUUUAUAUCAAAUUAAUUUUUUCAGAUCUCUCUCCGAGCUGGGGAAUGUCGUAUUGGCUCUGCGCCAGAAUCAGAAGCACAUUCCGUUUAGGAAUUGUCAGCUGACUCGGAUUCUCGAGGACAGUUUGAGUGAGUUCCAAUCAACACUUGAAAAAUGACCAAUUUUGAAGAAAAGAAGUUUCUCUGGAAAAUUAGAAUGUAACUGAACAUAGUCGUAGCAAUUCCACAAAGUGAUGUAAAGUGAGCUUCCUGUAUUCUGGGCAAAAAAAUUCUAUCUGUAUGUUUUCUCCGCGCUUUUUCGAGCCCGAUUUUUAAAUAUUAGAGAUAUCAGGCGACAAAAUGAGAGGAAGAGCGUGUUAAGGACGGAGAUUCUUCCUAUAUAAAUUUUCAGACUGCUCAUAGAUGAAAAAAAAAUUUUUGGAUCAAGCUGAUUUUUUAAUAUUUAUAGUUAAAGGAAAUACUAAAAAAAUACCGCUUUUUUUCAACCGGUCCAGCUUAUAAAUACAGAAAAAAAUAAUUAUUCUGAUGUGCCCGCAGGUGGUGAAGACGUUGUAGGGGUAGCUUUAAUUUUUUUAGACGUUGAAAGAAAAUAUAUUUUUUUCAAAGAACAAAAAAAGUUGUAAUGAAGCUUUUUACGUAAAACUUGCGAGAGCUGUAUAUAAGAUACUAGAAUAAGCUAGAAGGACUUAUCUAGAAAUCACAGAAAAGGCUAAACUAUGUACAGAAGUUUGUAGGAUUGAAAAAGUUCCAACGUCUUCAUUUUCAGAUGGGGACAGCAAAACCCUGGUGAUAGUUCACUUAUCCCCGGAUAUUUCAAGCGUCAACGAAUCAAUCAGCAGCGUGAAUUUCGCUGAGAAGAUCGGACAGGUCAAUAACCGGUCAGGAACACUUCGGAGGGAUCCAGUCAGGAGAAGCUUGACUGGAGUCAAGUAAUAUCCUCUUUAGAACCAAAAAUCCCGAUUGACAAAUUCCAGAAAAGACCUCACAGCUUCACCGAGGAAAUGA